AUGAAGACAUGUUUCUUGUUUGUCACCCUUCUAAUUCUGAUUUCAUCAUGUGCAUCAAAUAUUAUGGCAAGACAUGUCACAGAGAGAAAAACACCAAUUUCUAAUAACGGAGAUAGGAGCCCUCAAAAUCCACCAAAUUAUAUGCGUUUUGGAAACUACAGAGGUGGUUUUAUUCCUGAGCAAUGUACACAAAUAUGUGCAGAGCAUUGUUUCAGAAAACACAGGUUUCCGGUUUAUUGUAGACUUAGUCCAGAACCAAUUUGUCUUUGUAGUUCCUUUCUGAUACCUCCUUACAUUCAACCUUCUUCUCCUAAACAAUCUAUAAAAUAA